AUGAGUUUAGCACUUGAAGCCACCGUUCGCAUUUCUCCUAUUUGUGAGAAUACCGAACAGAGAUACACUUACCGCAGGAUGUCAAAUUCAGGGUUAACAUCAGAAGCUCAGCUGCGCUACAUGAUCCAAUGGUUUGAAGAGUUCAGUGAAUUGCAACGGGAGGAUUUUCUACCAAUAUUAGCUGCAGCUCAUGGAGAUAAGUUAGAUCAAGUUGCUACUGGUGUCUCCUCAUUGUCUUGUGAAGACAAGCCUCUCAGCUUAUUUCAGUGCCGUAUAAAACUGUUUAAUGAAUGGUAUCCCACAUGGAGCGAUGAAUUAAGAGAAAGAUUAAUCAAAGCUGUGACUGAAACAGAUGCCCAUUUUGGGGAAAAACUACAAGAUAUACUUGUGAAUGGCAUAAAAGUGAAUGGAGUUGAUGAUUUCUUCGCAACUGAUUACAGUACGAAUGAAAAUCCAGAAACUGUGGAUGGUGAUGAGGACCGAGAUAGUUUACCAACCCAAGAGGUUGUAGUUGAAAUUGCUGCGGCAUCUUAA